UCGCCUUUCUUCAAAAUGUGAAAGAAACGAGGAAAAACAACAAAAGAAAAAAUUGAAUAUUUUUCGCUGUGAGUCCUAAAUGUUAUGGUGACAUGGUCAUGCAACAAAAACGAAAGUUGUUGUAGAGUGGUGGGCGGGGCCAGCAGUUGAUUGAUGAUAAGAUUUACGGUGUGGAUCACCGCGGGGAGAGAGGAUGACUCACUCCGUCUGCUGCGAUGUUCACCCCGCAACAGCUCGGCAGUGCAGCAGAGCAGCCUGACAUGUCGCUUUGCGCCACAAAACAACAAGUCAAACUUUGAUGAAUAGUUGCCUGAGCCUCAAAUACAUAGUUACUUGGACGCCCGAGUGUCGACAAGUUGCUAGUUAGAGCGAGAGAGCGCGUCGUGAUUUACCGUAAAUUUCUUCUUGGUUGCUAUGGAAACAGUGCGGCUGUGCGUCUUAACGUUUUAACCUCUAAACCUGUUGGAUAUCGCAAGUGUCUUUUCUUUCCUUGCAUUAUCUUUCUGCUAUUAAUUUGACCCAAAAGCCGGUAAAAACAACAGGCAAACAUGACGGAGCCUCAAACGGAGAAAAGAUUCCACAACUUGACCCUGGAGCAACUCCAGGCUCUGGACAAAGUCCUGACCGAGGUCAUUCCCAUCCACGGCCGUGGGAAUUUCCCGACAUUGCAGGUGAGAGCCAAAGACAUCAUCCGUGUGGUGAAGGAUGGACUUGUGGAACGCAAAAUCCACGUUAAAGAUAUACGCCUCAAUGGAGCGACUGCCAGCCAUGUCCUGGUGAGGGACAGUGGCCUGGGCAUCAGAGAUUUAGACAUCAUUUUUGGAGUGGACUUACCCAGGCAUGAGGACUUCCAGGUGAUUAAGGAGGUGGUGCUGGGAAGCCUGAGAGACCUUCUCCCAUGUGGAGUGAACAGACGCAAGAUCACCUGCCUCACCAUGAAAGAAGCGUACGUGCAAAAGAUGGUGAAAGUUGUCACGGAGCAGGACAGAUGGAGCCUCAUCUCUCUGUCCAACAACAGAGCCAAAACAGUUGGGCUGAGAUUUGUUAGUGCGCUUCGCAGGCAGUUUGAAUUCAGCGUGGACUCCUUCCAGAUCAUUCUGGAUCGCAUGCUGGAGUCUUACUGGGAGACCGACAGGAGACGAGGGGGCAAUUUAUCCUUGGAUGCUCAGAAUUUGGGCAACAAAGAAGAGAGCGAAGGAGGAACUGAAGGAGAGCAAGUGGACUUAAAAAUGGCUUCCUGUAGAGAGACACCAAAUGGGCAUGAAGAUGUUACGGAAAAGGAGUCUCCUCAUGCAGAAGUUGAGAAAUGUGAGGCACACCAGGACGAUCUCAAUCUCAGCUCGAAUCAGGGAGCGCAGGAAGUGGAUGUCCAUUCCAAGGAGGACGUGGUUUUGGAGCAUUGUGAGGACAAAGGACCGUUUUGCAAAGAUGAUCCUUUGGUUUCAACUCCUCCCCCCUCAGAUGCCAAGAAUGCAUGUGUAAAGCUGCAGGUCCAAGAUGAGACCUCUCAAUCGCACGUCUCCAUCACGGCGCUCAUCAGGAGGUCAUCCACACAGGAUUGUCUCCAGGAAGCCGCUUCCACCCAGAAAGAGUCCAAUCUUGAGUUUUCAUCUCCUCCCCCAGCGAAGAAAACCUGCAGCACGUCACAGGAUGUUGUUCCCGACUACUGCCCCUCGCCCAAACUGCAACGAAAAAUGUCACGUAAGAUGAUUUGCACCCCUGAAAAAUGGUCUUUACUGACCGAGGUGUCUGAUAUGACCGCUCACAUGUUCACGCCCAUUGAGAUACCCUCUCAGCUGAAGCCUCCUGUGCAAGAAGUUCAUAGAGAAGGUUCCUCACAGGAGAGCUUAGCUAACCCUGAGACAAAUCAAGCUGUUGAGCCAACCGUGAAGCCGAAGCAUCCCAAGAAACCUCCAGACGGCAACACUGUAAAUGUAGGAUGCCCACAAGAGGAGCAUAGAGAAGCUCCCCCAAUGAGCUCCUGGGAGUCCACCUUGGCUGUGGAGGCAGAGUGCAUGUAUGGAGACUUUGAGCAGGCCAUGGAACACCUGCGCCACCGCCUCAUCGCGACGCACAACCCCGAAGAGAUCCGAGGAGGAGGCCUGCUGAAAUACAGCGACCUGCUGGUGAGGAACUUCCGUCCGGCCAGCGAGACGGAGAUCAAGUCCUUGGAGAGGUACAUGUGCUCACGCUUCUUCAUCGACUUCCCCGAUGUGAGUGAGCAGCAGCGCAAGAUCAAGGCCUACCUGCAGUGUCACUUCACGGGCAACGAGGAGAGCAGCAGGUACGACUACCUGAUGACGCUGCGGCGCGUCAUCGACGAAAGCACCGUGUGCCUGAUGGGCCACGAGAGGCGGCAGACGCUCAACAUGAUCACCGUCCUGGCUCUGAAGGUACUGGGGGAGCAGAACGCCAUCCCCAAUGCCGCCAACGUCACAUGUUUCUAUCAGCCCGCGCCUUACGUGAGCGAGCCCAUUUACAGCAGCUACUUCGUCACGCAGCCGCCGCCACUCGUCUACCACCCGUACCCGAUGCACGUACACGUGCAGAGCGGCAUGGUGUAGCCGCGGUCACGUACCCUCGGGGAGGUGGCGAGGCGGCUUUUUUUCAGCACGGAAAAGCCUCUACAGGCGCUGAUUUUGACAAGAAGAGGCACUUCCGAGCACGGCGUCCUUUCAUCCCUCCUUGCUCGGGGCUGCAGAGGCCACUCAAGGUCAGGACUGAGUUGAGUCUUACGGACACUUUUGGACGGGAAAUGCCGAAAUGGACAAGUGCAGAGCAGACGUUUGCAUGGACUCACUAACACGGGAAAUUGUUACUACUGAACAGUUGUCGAUCUUGCAGAGCCGGCUGGCCCAUUAGGCAAUAUAGGUGGCUGCUAAGGGCGCUGUGGCCUCCAGAGGGUGCUAAAAAAUAGGGAAAAAAAUGUAUCUUCAAUAUAAUUAUAUUAAAACUAGUAAUUACUAGUAACUCUUAAAAUGGAAAAGUUCACAUUGAUUCAAAUGUAAAGCAAUGGCCAAUUAAUAUUCCUAACAACAAUGAAGUAUUUUAAUUUUUGUACAUAGUUUUGCAUAUAAUUGUGUAUAGGUAUUUUCUCUAGCUUUGGUAUAUAGUUAUAUCAUUUAGUUUUUGUAAAUAGUCAUUGCAAAGUGUCGUUAUUGUGAAUAACGACACUAACUUAGCGUGUGCAAACUGCGUGGUUAAAUUGGUUGAUGUUGAUUGUUGUAUUUCGAAUGUAUUAUUAUUAUUUAUUCCCUUAUUUAAAGGAUUUUUAUUUUGUGGAAAGAAUAUUUAUAUUGUAUUUCUUCUUUCUUGUGUGUGGUAAUUUGUUAAGCAUGUAAUUUGGUUGACGUGUUCAACAUGGUAAAAGCAGUGCCAUUCAAUUUCUUUUGCAAGCAUAUAUAAAUUGCAGAUAUAUAUAUAUAAGCCAUAUAAAAUCUCGCCUAGGACGCCUCACUGGGUAGAGCCGGCUCUGCUAUCAUGGAAUUAAUAAUCAUCAAACAUGAAAAUGGUGACAUGUGUUGUGUCAACUGCUGUCAUGUGGAAAUCACAUGUUUAUACAGCGUUAUAUGGGGAACAUUCAAUACAUGCAAAAGGACUAACUGAACUGGACACUUUCCAGAAAAAUUACAAAAAUGUCCCUUUACAAGGCCUUUUUGUGUAUCCCCAUCUAAAAGUUGUACCUGAAUGCAACAUUCUACCUUCACGUCACCCAGUUGGAACAUCUGAAAUGGAUUUUAGAUCAGCGAAGUACAUGUUUUAGCCAUUCUUUUCACGGAAUGAUGUCUGCAUUCAUUAGUUCUUGGACGGUAAAGUGGACAAUAAUCAACUGUGUAUAGCAUUAGGGGUGUUUUAUUAUGCUGCAUAACAAAUAUGGUCACUUUAGCUGUUACCUGAAUGGCAAAUUGUAAAUCAGGAGUAAUGAAUAGAGAAAGGAAUCUAUGUAGAGCCGUCUUAGGAGGUCACUUUGCAACAAUGUGGUCAAGUUGGUGUUUGUUGUAGUGGAGUUUGUGAGUGCCACUAAGUGUUAUGGCACAUUUCAAUUAUUUAACUCUGUGUGUGUGUGUGUGUGUGUAUGAUGUGCUUUGAUAAUGUACACACUCACGAGCCACAACAUUAGGUAUGCCUGCACAAUUUAAAUGCAUGCUGGAUUGCACGUCAAGUAAUCUAGAAGAGUGUCAGUAAAAUCGUAUUGUUAAUCCAUGGAACUGUGUCAGUGCAUCUAAUGUUGUGGCUGCUGAGCGUACGAAUACGUUAUAAAAAAACAAAACAAAAAAAUCAAGCACAGGUUGUUCCCACUUUUGUGUAAGACUGAAGCACAAUUUACUUGCACAUACACUAGAUAGCUGUUGUUGAUUACAAUAGAUUAGAGUGAGUUGUCAUGCUUGUGAUGCUCAGAUGUGGUAUUGAAGUAAUAAUGUGUGCAAUAGUGAAUCAAGUAUGUUUUUCCAAAUGGUUGUAUCUCCGGUGAUACUAAAGAAAUUGAUGUGUAGUACUGCUGUGACAAUGUAUUGCAAUGUUUGCUAUG